AUGGCGGAGUCUGCACAAAAAGAAAUAAUAAAAUCUAAUGGAAUAAAGGGAUUAAAACCCCCUACGGGCUUAAAAAACCUGUCGAUGGAAGAAUACAAAAAAUUUAUCCAGAGAUUUGAAAUAUACAGAUUAGCGUCAGGUGCUAAUAGUGAAUCCAGUGAGGUCCAGACGGCAUUAUUAUUACACUGCAUGGGUGAGGAAGCUCAAGACAUUCAUGCUACUUUCGACUUUGCUAAAGGUGAGGCCUACAAUUAUGAAAAAGUAAUAACUAAAUUCAACGAGUAUUUUAUCCCGAGAAAAAAUGAAAGCGUUAAUUCACAUUUGUUUUUCACAAGAAACCAGAAAGAAGGUGAAACUUUUGAUAGUUUUUAUACUGACAUAAAAAAGUUAAGCACAGAAUGUGAAUUUGGAAAUCUUUUGGAUAGAAUGUUAAAAGACAGAAUAGUAACAGGAAUUUUAGAUAAAAGAUUAAAAGAUAGACUACUAAGAGAAAGUGACCUGACAUUAAGUAAAGCAAUCCAGAUAUGUAAAGCAGCAGAACUAGCAGAGGAACAAAUUAAGAAAAUUUCAAACGAACCAGGGACGAGUGCAGUACAGAGUAUAAGAAAGAAGAAUGAAAAAGGAACAGUGUCGGAAAGGGAAACAAGAAACCCAACAGAUAAGAGAAGACAUACCAGAACAGACCGAGAUUCAAGACACAGACUAGAACAGAGAAAUACAGAAAAUAGAUAUUCAGAGAAGAAUAAGAAACAAGAAGGACAGCGAGCUGAGAAGAAGUUUGACUGUUCGAGAUGCGGAUUUCAUCACAGUGAAAGAAGAUGCCCAGCAUAUGGAAAGAAGUGUAUGAAAUGCGGGAAGAUGAACCACUUUGCGAGAAAAUGCAGAGCCCGAGAUGCUGUAAAAGCUAUUCAAGAAAGCGAGUCCAGCGAUAGUGAGUCGUGUCAUAUGUAUAUAAUUAAUAUUAGUAAUGUUAAUUUAGAAAGAAACUGGUAUGAGUAUGUAUAUUUCACCGAAUUGAAUAGAAAUUUAAAAUUCAAAUUAGAUUCAGGUGCUCAAUGCAAUGUAAUAUCUGCAAAUGAUUGUUACAGGUUAGGUAUAAGUAAAUUUGAAAAAUCUAAUUGUAAAUUGACUAGUUAUAGUAAUGAGAAAAUAGAAACUUUGGGAAAGAUUAAAUUAUCAGUAAAAAUAAAUGAUCAGAUUCAGAAAAUAGAAUUCCAGGUUUGUAAAGGUAAUUAUAUACCUAUUUUAGGUUUGCCUACUUUAAUAAAAUUUAAAUUGAUUCAGAGAACAAAUAAUGAGAAUAUUAGCAGUGUACAGACGGAAAAGUUAGAACUAUUAGAGAAAUAUAAAGAUGUUUUCAAGGGGAUAGGUGAAAUAAAAGAUUAUGAAUAUGAUAUUCAGUUAAAAGAAGGUUGGCAAGGAAAAAUUGAAAGAAAUAGGCAUAUACCAUUUAAAUUGAAAGAUAAAUUAAAGGAAGAAUUAAGUAAAUUAGAAAAAAUAGGAAUAAUAAGUAAGGCAGAAGGUCCUACAGAUUUUGUAAGUUCAUUAGUUAUGACAACUAAACCAGGUGGGGCAAUGAGAAUUUGUUUAGAUCCACAAUAUUUAAAUACUCAGAUUAAAAGAGAACAAAUGAUGAUACCUAAUGUUGAUGAAAUAAUAGCAAAGUUAAAGGGAAGUAAUUAUUUUAGUACCUUAGAUGCGAAUAAAGGAUUUUGGAUGAUAAAAUUAACAAAAAAUAGUAAAAAUUUAACAACAUUUAAUACCCCAUUUGGAAGAUUUUAUUUUAAUAGAUUACCUUUUGGUUUAGCUUCAAGUCCAGAAGUUUUUCACAGAAUAUUUAGUGAAAUAUUUAAAGAUAUUGACGGAGUAGAGUUAUAUAUUGAUGAUAUUUUAAUUCACGCGAAAACAGAAGCAGAACAUGACAGAAUAUUAGAACAGAAAGAAGUUAAAUACCUAGGACAUGUCUUAACAACAGAAGGAAUUAAGAUAGAUCAGAACAGAAUAAAAGCUAUAGUAGAGAUGAAAGAACCGAAAACUCAGAAAGAAAUAUUAAGAUUUUUAGGAAUGAUUAAUUAUGUGGCAAGAUUUAUUCCCAAUGUGUCUGAGAUAACAGCACCAUUGAGGCAAUUGAUUAAGAAAGAUGUACCUUUUUUGUGGUCAAAAGAACAAGAUAAAGCUUAUAAGACUUUGAAAAAACUAUUAAUUGAGCCACCAGUUUUGAGUUAUUUUGAUAUGAAUAAACAGAUAGUACUAAGUGUAGAUGCUUCUAAAGCAGGAUUAGGUGCAGUUAUUUUACAAGAAGGAAAGCCUAUAGCUUAUGGUUCGAGGGCAAUGACAGAAACAGAAAUACAAUACAGUCAGAUUGAGAAAGAAUGUUUAGCAAUUUUAUAUGGAAUAACCAAGUUUCAUCAGUAUUUGUAUGGAAAUCAAUUUAAAGUAGAGACAGAUCAUAGGCCACUAGUAUCAAUUUUUUCUAAACCAUUAAAUAGAUGUCCAGCUAGAUUGCAAAAGAUGAGAAUGGCUUUACAACCAUAUUCAUUUGAGUUAAAUUAUAAACCAGGUAAAGAAAUUUUGGUAGCAGAUCAUUUGAGUAGAUCACAUUUACUAGAAACAGAAGAAAAUUCAGAUUUAAAAGUAGAAACACAUGUAGCCAUGAUUAUGGAAAGUUAUAGAAUAUCAGAUAAAAAACUUGAAGAAUUAAUAUUAGAAACAGCAAAAGAUGAGGAAUUAAUGGCAGUAAAUAAAUAUAUAAUGGAAGGAUGGCCAGAAAAUAAGUCACUUAUAGAUAGUAAAGCUAAAAUUUUUUAUAGUUACCGAGAUGAGUUGAGUAAUAUUAGAGGAUUAAUUGUAAAAGGUAGGAAUAUAGUAAUACCACAGUCAAAAAGAAAGGAAGUAUUAGAAAACAUACAUUAUGCACACUUAGGCAUAGAAAAAAGCAAGGUGUUAGCAAGAAAUACUGUAUUUUGGCCAAAUAUGAAUAAAGAGAUAGAAGAUUUGAUACAAAAUUGUGACACUUGUAAAAGUUUUCAGAAUGCUAAUAAGAAAGAAUCUAUGAUUGAGAAGGAAAUUCCACAAAGACCAUGGGAAAUUUUAUCUAUAGACAUAUUUUUUCUAUAUUCUAAACCAUACAUAUUGCUUGUCGAUGCAUAUAGUAAGUACGUGGAAAUACAACCAUUAAAUAAUUUAUAUGCAACAAGUACUAUUGACAGUAUUAAAGAAAUCCUAGCAAGACAUGGUAUUCCAGAUAUAGUUUAUACAGAUGCAGGAACCCAAUUUACUAGCUUUGAAUUUAAAACUUUUUCUAAAGAAUGGAAUUUUAAACAUAAGGUAAUAAGUCCAAAACAUCACCAAGGGAAUGGAUUAGCUGAAAGAUAUAUACAGACUGUUAAGAAAUUGUUAAAAAAGCUAAUUUAUGAUAAGAAAGAUAUUUGCUUAGGUUUGUUAAUGUAUAGAAACACUCCUGUAAACACAGAUGGAAAAUCACCUUCAGAAUUAUUAUUCAAUAGAAAAAUUAAAACAAUUUUGCCAAAAUUAGAUUUAAAACAGGAAAGAAAGGAUAAAUAUAGACAAGAACUUUUAAAUAAACAGGAAAUUCAGAAAAAGUACUAUAAUAGAGGAAGUAGAAAUUUACCAGAAUUAAGAGAAGGAGAAAUUGUUAAAAUACAGGACGAGAAUUGCAAGAAACCUCAUGAGAGUGGUAUAGUGUUAGGUAAAGGAAGUGGUCCUAGAUCAUAUCAAGUAAGGAAUGAAUCAGGAAAUAUUUUAACUAGGAAUAGGAGAAUGUUAAUUAAAGGAGGAAAGUAUUAUGACAAGAGCAGGGUAGAAGAUCAAGGAAAUUGUGAAGAGAGUGAAAGACAAGAAGUAGAAAGACAUAUGAUUCAAGAUCGGAACAUACAAAAUAAUGUAAUACCUAGAGAGAACUAUGAUGGUUCUUCAGGACAAGUAAAUUAUAAUAAUGAUACAUAUGGUAGUAAAACAUCAAGAUCAGGUAGAUUGAUUAAAAGACCAAGUUAUCUUAAAGAUUUUGUUUAA